AUGGGGAGGAGGAGUGAAGCGUUGGAAACUGUCGCGCGUCAAGCACCAGUCACGGCUAAAAGGAUGGUUUGUGGUGAUUUGGAAGAGACACUUCCUAAGCCUUACAUGCCUCGUGCUUUGGUUGCUCCCAACACAGAUCACCCAAAUGGUACACGGGGUCACAAGCAUUACAACAUGAGUGUUCUGCAGCAGCAUGUGGCUUUUUUCGAUAGGGAUGAUAAUGGCAUCAUUUACCCAUGGGAAACAUAUUCAGGUCUAAGAGCAAUUGGUUUCAAUGUCAUUGCUUCCUUUGUUAUGGCGAUUCUCAUUAACGGGGCCUUGAGUUAUACUACGUUGCCUAGUUUGAUCCCAUCACCUUUUUUCCCAAUAUACAUACACAAUAUUCACAGAUCCAAGCAUGGAAGCGACAGUGGAACUUAUGAUACUGAAGGAAGGUUUGUUCCCGUGAAUCACGAAAACAUGUUCAGCAAAUAUGCUAGAGCAGUACCUGAGAAGAUGACAUUCAAGGAAGUCUGGCACAUGACUGAAGGCAACAGGAAUGCGUACGAUUUCUUCGGCUGGAUUGCAGCAAAGUUAGAAUGGGGACUUCUCUACAUUCUUGCACGAGAUGAGGAGGGAUUUUUGUCCAAGGAGGCCGUUCGCAGGUGUUUCGAUGGUAGCUUGUUUGAGUAUUGUGCUAUGCUCCAAAGAGAGAGAGCUCUAGGUGCUAAGGCAGAUUAA